AGGAAGAAGAAGAAGGCGGAUCGGGGUCGAUUUUGUGGGGAAGCAGAGUCGGCUAUCGAAGGUGGCUCCGAGCGGCCGUGGGAUGAUCCCGCGGCAGAAUGGGUUCAUCCCGCUCUGCUCUUCUCUGCUGUGUUUUGCUCCUUCUGGUUUUCUCUUAUCGUCAGUUAAAAUGCCUGUUAUUCAAGCAGAUAUCUGCUUAUUUCUCCUUCUUUUCUUUGCUAUUCGUGGUUCGGAUGCCGUCGCGUCUCGGGAAUUGGCGCGGGGCAUAUGCAGCGCCCCGGUGAUACUUUAUCCCCGCUGCUGACUGAGAGAAGAGAAGAGAAGAGAACAGUCUGAGCGCGGUCUUUUACUCUUGGAAUGCAGUAGUUUUAGAAUCAGU